CUAGCAUCCCUAUUGGAUGGUACGGAGGAGGGUGACGUCAUACGCCACGGGACGUGCUAAGGCUAGGGCUGGGUCGGCAGUCGGAGCCAUUACUGCCGGAAGAGGUCUUGCAGAGCUGAGCGGCCAAGAUGUGUGACUUCACCGAGGACCAGACCGCAGAGUUCAAGGAGGCGUUCCAGCUGUUUGACCGUACCGGCGAUGGCAAGAUCCUCUACAGCCAGUGUGGGGACGUGAUGAGGGCCCUGGGCCAGAACCCCACCAACGCUGAGGUGCUGAAGGUCCUGGGGAACCCCAAGAGUGAUGAGAUGAACGUGAAGGUCCUGGACUUUGAGCACUUCCUGCCCAUGCUGCAGACGGUGGCCAAGAACAAGGACCAGGGCACUUACGAGGACUAUGUGGAAGGCCUUCGUGUGUUUGACAAGGAAGGGAACGGUACCGUCAUGGGUGCAGAAAUCCGUCAUGUCCUUGUCACACUGGGGGAGAAGAUGACAGAGGAGGAGGUGGAGAUGUUGGUGGCCGGACAUGAGGACAGCAACGGCUGCAUCAACUAUGAAGCCCCUGCCCAUAGCCUACUACCGGCUGACUUCUCCCUGGCAUGAUUCUGCAUGGAGCUGGCUCGGGAGGGGAGGCAUUCCUCAAGCUUGUCCGGAUGGUGCUGAAUGGCUGAGGACAUUUCCAUACUGCGAGCAGUGCCUUGCCCACAGUGAGAUUUCUAUGUGGCCCCUCCUGGGCUCCCUUAUCACAGCGCCUGGCCCAUCUGGUCUCUUCUGGGUGAUGUUUGCCUUCACAAAUAAAAUGCUCUCUCUUUUCCCUA